CAAAAUAAAGAUACGUGCACAUGCUAAUAAGGUUAGAAGGCAACGAAAGAAUAAGAAUGACUGGCAUGAGGUGUUGGAGUUGGAUAACGAUUAUGGCAGCGAGUGUCGAGUCAGCAUGAUCGACGUGGUCACGGAUAUACACCUUUUUACGCUUGUCUGUCACACACGUCGGUGACCCCUUCACCCUUUUCUCCGCAACAACGGGACCCACAGAACACAGAAAAAAUGAGAUUUUUAUGUAUUGAAAUUGAAAUAUUGGGUAGCCAAAGCAUAAAGUAAAAUCAGCGCAGAAUAUGCUUUGCGCUGUUACGCAGAUUAUCCUUUCCUUUUUUUUCUAGCUCUUGUUUCAGUUCCUUCCUUCUUAUCAAUUCCUUCCUAAAUUCUCUCAUUAAUUUUCUCCAAAAAAACAACCACUUUUUCAACCGAUCCUAAUCCUUUUCUUAAAACCCUCACUCACCAACUUCUUCAGCGUUUUCCGAUAUUUCCACUAGAAACAACGAAAACGAAAGAAUUGGCAUGGAGCUUUUAACCGUCGUGGAUGAUUUUUUUGUCACGGCGUCUCUGGCGCUUCUUCUCACUUUCAUCGUCUUGAAGCUCGUCGAGGCCGUCAACGACAUUCACGCCACAUCAAAACGUCACCUCGCUCCCCAACCGCUCUCUCCGCUUUCUCAUGCCGAACGCUUUAUGGUUCAGCGCGCUCAAAGCAAGACCAAACUCCGUUUUAUUAGUCCGGUUCACUCUGUAACCGAAUACAAGAUAGAAAACCUCACGGUCGAACCGGCUCAAAGUAAGGGUGUAGAAAUCGAAUGUGAAGAAGCUACGAUCGAACCGGUCCAGCCCGCUGAAAGCAAGGACACGAUCUGUUGUAUUAGUCCGGUUCAAGCUGCCACGUCAUCAGACCUUGAACGCAAGAUAGAAGAGGCUAUGGUCGAACCUGUUCCUUCAAGCGAGAUCACGGUUUUAAGUCCGGUUCAAACUGACACGUGUGUAGGAAGCGAACACAAGGUAGAAAAGGCUGUGGUGGAAUUCGAUUCCAACGUUGUUCUCGAGUCACCGAUAAAAUCACAAACAGACAUUGCUGGUAAAGAGGAAAUAGCAGAGGCUGACGAGGGAACAACACGAGAGUUUGACGAGAAGAGGGACGUGGAAAAUGUUGCAGACCCUUGCACAGAAAUUGAAGUGUCUGCUGUAGAAAACGGCGUGAAAGAGAAUGAUUACAAUGAUGAUGAUGAUGAUGAUGAUUGGGAAGGGAUUGAAAGGAGCGAGUUGGAGAAAGAGUUUAUGGCGGCUACGGAAUUUGUUAAUAACGAGGGUGAUCGAUUGGAGAGCGUUGGGAGCAAUGUGAAAAUGGAGUUGUAUGGGCUUCACAAGGUUGCGACGGAAGGGCCUUGCCGUGAACCUCAGCCAAUGCCUCUCAAGCUCUCUGCACGUGCCAAGUGGAAUGCUUGGCAAAAGCUGGGGAACAUGAAUCCAGAGGUUGCAAUGGAGCAGUAUAUCAGCCUUCUUUCGAACAAAUUUCCUGAAUGGAUGAAAGAUACUUCAACUGGAAUUAGUGGUCAUGAACACACAAAGCCAGAAGUUUCGGAGUCCGCUGCUUCUGAUCUGAGGACAACUUGGUCUCAUCAGCAACUGAUGUUAGCUAAUAGGGAACUUGAACAAGAGUCUUAUUCCGAGGAGCGUAGCCCACUUGCAGAGUCAGAUUUAAAUAACAAUGUUAACAAAUGAUAGGAUUUCUCUCCGAAGAAGACUGAUUCCAACUGUCUAAGUUUGUUUCCAAGUAUGAGAGAUUCUUGGGUUGUUUGUUUUCUCCUUUGGACCUUAAAUUAUUUGUUGAUCAUGAUUGUUCUUUAAUAUCAAGUUGUUAAUAUAUUUUUUGUACAUAAAUAAAUGUGUGUAUAGGAUCAUUUACGCAUACUUCUGGUUGUUAAUAACUAAUUUAUUGAUAAGUA